AUGGGACUGUUCAAUGUCACUCAUCCUGCUUCCUUCUUCCUGACCGGCAUCCCUGGUCUGGAGAGUUCUCACGCCUGGCUAGCAGGGCCCCUCUGUGUCAUGUAUGCCGUGGCCCUCGGAGGCAACGCCGUGAUCCUGCAGGCCGUGCGAGUGGAGCCCAGCCUACACGAGCCCAUGUACUACUUCCUGUCCAUGCUGUCCUUCAGUGACGUGGCCAUGUCCAUGGCUACACUGCCCACCGUGCUCAGAACCUUCUGCCUCAAUGCCCACAAUAUCCCUUUCGAUGCCUGCCUGAUCCAGAUGUUUCUCAUUCAUUCCUUCUCCAUGAUGGAGUCAGGCAUUCUACUGGCCAUGAGCUUUGACCGCUAUGUGGCCAUUUGUGAUCCCUUGCGCUAUGCCACUGUGCUCACCAGUGAAGUCAUUGUCGGAAUGGGCCUAGCCGUGGCUGCUCGGAGCUUCAUCACCCUCUUUCCCCUUCCCUUCCUCCUCAAGAGGCUGCCUAUCUGCAGAUCCAAUGUUCUUUCCCACUCCUACUGCCUGCACCCAGACAUGAUGAAGCUGGCCUGUGCUGAUAUCACUAUCAACAGCAUCUAUGGACUCUUUGUUCUUGUGUCCACCUUUGGCAUGGACAUGGUUUUUAUCUUUCUCUCCUACGUGCUCAUUCUGCGCUCAGUCAUGGCCAUCACUUCCCAAGAGGAACGCCUGAAAGCUCUCAAUACCUGUGUGUCACAUAUCUUGGCUGUACUUGUGUUUUAUGUGCCGAUGAUUGGGGUCUCCACAGUGCACCGCUUUGGGAAGCAUGUCCCACGCUAUGUACAUGUCCUCAUGUCCAACAUUUACCUCUUCAUACCUCCUGUGCUCAACCCUCUCAUUUACAGCGCGAAGACAAAGGAGAUCCGCCGAGCCAUUGUCCGUAUGUUUCACCGCAUGAAAACAUGA